AGUAGGGUUAACUGGGAAGAAAACUGCGGGAUCGCGGCGUGCAGUGACCCCAUAACUCCCAUCUUUCUUCUCCUUCCGUACUCAUACCCGAAGCCAUGGAGGCAGAUGAAGGAAGUUAACUCAUAUUUUCCUUUUCGCGCGUAUCGCCUUUCUCGGAUUUAUCGCCGAUUCACAGGAUUUGGUAAAUCCAGGAUUUACCGCCGAAAUCAGUAAGCGAGAGUUCCAAAAUCCAAACCCUUGCCCGAUCCUAACUUAGAAAUAACCCGAUAGCAACUUAGAAAUAAGGAAGAAAGAGAGUUCUAACCUUCAUGGCUGGAGGUAAGAUUAGAAAGGCAAGGCAUCAGCAGCAACACUUGCAGGGAGGCAUCCCUUUCGAGAAAUCGAAGGGGCAACAUAUCUUGAAGAACCCGAUGAUCGUUGAGACUAUCGUUCAGAAAGCUGGUAUUAAACCCACCGACGUCGUCCUCGAGAUCGGCCCUGGUACUGGAAACCUCACAAAGAAGCUCCUUGAGGUCUCCAAGUCUGUGGUUGCCAUCGAGCUCGACCCACGCAUGGUCCUUGAACUCAAUCGACGUUUUCAAGGCACUCCAUACUCAAAUCGUCUUAAGGUUUUUCAAGGAGAUGUCCUCAAGUCUGAACUUCCUUACUUUGACAUAUGUGUGGCUAACAUCCCAUACCAAAUCUCAUCCCCUCUCACCUUCAAGUUAUUGUCACACCGACCUGUUUUCAGAUGUGCUGUUAUCAUGUUUCAACGAGAAUUUGCCAUGAGGCUGGUUGCAAAUCCUGGCGACAAUCUCUACUGUCGGCUUUCAGUGAACACGCAGCUACUUGCUCGUGUCUCUCAUCUUCUUAAAGUCGGGCGAAACAAUUUCAAGCCCCCACCAAAGGUUGACUCCUCUGUGGUUCGCAUUGAGCCCAGACAACCCCUUCCACCUGUUAGCUUCAAGGAGUGGGAUGGGCUGAUACGUCUUUGCUUCAACCGGAAGAACAAGACUCUUGGAUCAAUCUUCAAACAGAAAAGUGUUCUUUCGCUGUUGGAGAAGAACUAUAAAACUAUGCAGGCUUUGCAAGUGGCUCAAAAUGGCCAGAUGGAGGAGGAGAAGGCCACGGUAGAUGAUCUGGCAGUUUUGGCUAACAUGAUUGAGGACAUGAGUAUGGAUUCCUAUAGUGUGAAGGAUGAGGAGGAAAUGGAUAUAGAAGAGGAUGAUAUGAUGUGUGGAGGCAAUUAUACAUCUGAUUUUAAGGAAAUGGUUAUGGGAAUUUUGAAACAAGGGGAUUUUGCUGAAAAGAGAGCUUCAAAGCUUACACAAGUAGAUUUUUUGUAUCUUCUCUCACUCUUUAAAAAGGCUGGCAUCCAUUUUACCUGAUUGGGACCAUUUUACUUCUAGAGGUAUUUUUCCUGCCACAUUCAACUGAAUUUUUGUAUUUGUUUUGAUUGAGAUUUCGGUCAUUUUUCAAAUCUUAUGAAGUUUUGUAAUGUUAAGGUGUAAUUUAUUUUGACGUCAGAGUCAUUAUUUUUCAUAA